AACAAAAGUAAAAAAAAAAAUCCAAAAUUAUUUAUUUAUUGAAGAAGGAAAAAGCAAUCAAAUUUCCAGGCCACAGAAGUGGCUUUAUCUAAUGGGUUCUUUUUUUCCCCCUUUGCUUUGUCUGACCUAUCUUCUUCCAAACACCGUUUCAUUGUAAUGAUUCCAAGGCCCCCCUCUGCUACACUCAGACACUUCAAAACAAAACAAAACAAAACUUUGAGAAAUCCCCACACCCUUUCUCUAAUAUUUCUAUUUUCUUUUAAUAUAUAAUAAAUGUAAAUAUAUUUUCAUGCUUUUGCUUCUGUAACUUUCUCUGUGUAUGUAAAAAACCUGCACAUAUUAUAGAGGGGGAAGGUGCAGAAAGUCUUGUGUCUCAGAUCCCAAUACACUGCUGCUGAUCUCUUACACCAUUAACGAAAAAAAAUAAACCGUCUUUGCUUUCCCUCUUCUUUUCUCUCUUUCUUCCCCAUUAAAAAUACUACAAGAAAAACUACAAUAGUAACCUCUCAGCUUAAUGGUGUUUCUUUGUGGUCCUUUGCUACUUCUUGAUCGUUUUCUUUACACAUAUAUAUAAAUCAAACUCCCCCCCCCCCUUUUUUUUCUGCUUCAGUCCUUAUUACAUUUUCCCUUUACUACUUUGUGUAUGUACUUGGCUGUAGUUGAUCUCCUUUGAAUGGUUCAAAGAAAUGCAAGAACCAGGGUUAGGCAUGAUGAGCAGCGGUGGGAGUGGUGCAAUUGGAGGGUUUAGCAGUGGUGAAGUGUCUGUUUCCGGUAACCAGAAGCGUCAGCUCAAGGCCGAGAUAGCUACUCAUCCGCUUUAUGAGCAGCUUUUAGCAGCUCAUGUUUCUUGUCUCCGUGUUGCUACACCUAUUGAUCAGUUGCCUUUGAUCGAUGCACAGUUAGCACAGUCUCAUAAUCUUCUUAGGUCGUAUGCUUCACAGCAUCACCAACAUGGCCACUCCAUAUCCCCCAAUGAGAGACAGGAGCUUGACAACUUCUUAGCACAAUAUUUGAUAGUGCUGUGUACUCUCAAAGAACAGCUUCAACAACAUGUCAGAGUCCAUGCCGUUGAAGCUGUCAUGGCAUGCCGUGAAAUCGAAAAUAACUUACAAGCUCUCACUGGAGUAACCUUGGCUGAAAGCACAGGUGCAACAAUGUCAGAUGAUGAGGAUGAGAUGCAGAUGGACUUCUCUUUGGAUCAAUCUGGCUCUGAUGGUCGUGACUUAAUGGGUUUUGGUCCCCUCGUUCCUACAGAAUCUGAAAGAUCUUUGAUGGAGAGGGUUCGUCAGGAGCUGAAAAUUGAACUGAAACAGGGUUUCAAAUCAAGAAUUGAAGAUGUGAGGGAGGAAAUUUUACGAAAAAGAAGGGCUGGAAAAUUACCAGGUGACACAACUUCAGUGCUGAAGAACUGGUGGCAGGAACACUCGAAGUGGCCAUACCCAACUGAAGACGACAAGGCCAAACUUGUGGAGGAGACAGGAUUGCAGCUAAAGCAAAUCAACAACUGGUUCAUAAACCAAAGGAAGCGCAAUUGGCAUAGUAACUCUCAAUCUGUGACCUCCUUAAAGUCCAAGCGGAAAAGAUAGACAAUAAAAUGACUUCCAUGAGGGAUGGAGAAGAAGGAAGUUUCGACAUGAUGAAGUUGGUAUAGCUAUUAUAUGACCUCUUGGGAUAAACAGCCGUGGGCUAACAUUUUGUGAAUGUACUGAAAGAACCUGGGAAGUUAGAUGAUUUCAAAACCAGGUAUAAGUUGUAAGAUUGAGUUUUUUAUGGCUUACAUGUAAGUGUGUAGAUUCAAGUUUCUAACCAAGUAAACAUGCUUCCUUUCAGUUUCUAAUAAUCAUAUUUAUCCAAAAUUUACUUGUUGAGAAGCGAGUAAUUGCUGCUACAAUUCUGAAAACAGAAGCAAAAUGAUCUCCUUCAGGACUUCGGGUGAGCUUUUUACAGAUUUUUCCGAUGGAGCUCAGCUCGUGCAACCCAUAAGAGCAGUCUACCAACCAUACAAAUCUGUCAACUUUCAUCACCUGGUUUGCAGUACUCAACUUUUUGCCACCAUUGGGAAGAUGAUUGUAGGAGCGUCUGCAUCACAGAUCAGUGAUCAUAAAAUUAUUCGUCUUCUCUCCCCACACACACAACAAAUUAUAAACAGAAAAUGUCAAAAAAAAAAUCCUGAUUGGAGCAACAAAGAUUGAAGAUCAUCAAGCCAAUCUGAACCAACACUUCUUUUUGCCAAAACAGAAGGUGAAAGAUGUGCAUCAACAUUGGUUACUAAUUACAUAUAAUAUUGAGUAUAAUGAUAAUGCAACAGUAAUAAUGGUGUCUUGUUAACACGUUUUAUGAGUAUCACUAAG